GCUCCGGCAGCCCAACCUUGACAUUACAGUAAAUGUUUUGGCUUAUCCGAGUAGUCUUAAACGGGACCAUUAUAUAGUUAAAAGUGUUCCUUGCUGGUAGUUGUAGUACAUUUUCUAUAAGCAUGUUUAAUAUCGAUGCGUAUAAAAACUACAUUUCCCCCAACAUGCCAAUAAGCAAUCCCACUCCUAUUGGCUGGAUGCUCCAGCCGCAGCCCCUGAGAAUGAAUGAAAUUGAAAUUGCUGGUAUAUUACAUGUACAAUACCGGGCAUCUGCAGUCUUACAUUGUAUCAUUCUAUAUCAAAAUGGCCACAGUGGUUCAAAACCCUCUGAAAACACAGUCCAGUGGAGCUGUUUUAAAAAACAGCCUGGGGGAGGAGUUCUACCGCGAGGCCAUUGAGCACUGCCGCAGCUACAAUGCCCGCCUGUGUGCCGAACGCUCCAUGAGGCUGCCAUUCCUGGACUCCCAGACAGGCGUGGCCCAGAGCAACUGUUACAUCUGGAUGGAGAAGACCCACCGCGGCCCAGGUCUGGCCCCUGGGCAGCUGUACACAUACCCGGCCCGCUGCUGGCGCAAGAAGAGACGGCUAAACAUCUUGGAGGACCCUCGGCUGGGACCCAUAGAGUUUAAGAUCGACUACGAGGCAGCCCUGAAGAAGGAGGGAGGGGUUCCUGAGGGGCCUGUGCUGGAGUCUCUGCUCGCUGGAGAAACACUGGACAAGAAGGUGGAGACCAAGGAGGAGGAGCCCAUGAGCGAAUGUCAAAAGCUGCUGGUAGGGGACUUCCCUCAUGAGCUGGACGUGGAGGAGAUGGAGGACGACGUGCCCAAACGCAAGAACCGCACCAAGGGCCGGGCCUGUGGUGUUGGUGGCAUGAGGAAGAGGCAGGAGCCGUCCUCCAUAGAGGACAGAGACAAGCCAUACGUGUGCGAUAUUUGUGGUAAGCGGUAUAAGAACCGUCCGGGCCUGAGUUAUCACUACACUCACACACACCUGGCAGAUGAAGAGGGAGAGGAGGAUUCUGAGCGACACACGCUACCGUUCCAACGCAAGAAUAACCACAAACCCAAGAAAGCUGCUGACGGUUCGGUCAUUCCAAACGGCUACUGUGACUUCUGCCUCGGGGGCUCCAAGAAGACAGGCUGCCCCGAAGACCUCAUCUCCUGUGCAGACUGUGGGAGAUCAGGCCACCCUUCCUGCCUGCAGUUUACGGUCAACAUGACGGCGGCGGUGCGGACCUACCGCUGGCAGUGUAUCGAGUGCAAGUCCUGCAGUCUAUGUGGCACCUCCGAGAAUGAUGAUCAGCUUCUGUUUUGUGAUGAUUGUGACAGAGGCUACCAUAUGUACUGUCUGAGCCCCCCAAUGUCUGAACCACCCGAGGGGAGCUGGAGCUGCCAUUUGUGUCUGCGACAGCUGAAAGAGAAGGCGUCUGCUUACAUCACUCUGACCUAAGCCACAUGCAUCCUCCUUCCUCUCCACUCAUGCCAUCGGCCCACCAUUCUGUUGCCAUGGAAAAAUACGAUGGCAUAUCCAAAGAGAUAUCUCCACCUCUCCUCUACCUUGAGCCCCCCCAAAACAAUUUUCCACCCACACAUCAUAACCCACACUUCAAGAAAAAGCAAGCCUUGUCACAACCCUCAAGCUGAUGGGCGAGAGCCCCUUUUCCACGCUUGAAAGAAUGCAUCUCUGUCUGGGUUUGCCCCCGAGUCUCCACCGGUAUUCUUUGGUGCCCUGAGCGGUUUGCCUUCUCAGCCCUUUCUAUGUUUCCUUCUGUCUCCUCUUCACCCCCCUCUACCCAGAGACUCACCACUCUCUCCUGGCCACUGUCUGGCCCCGACGGUGGGUUUGCUUUCCAGAACAGGGCAGGUCUGGAAAACUGUGAGCUUUCAGAGAGUAAAAAAGACUACUUAAGCAUUCCUUCAUUGAAACUGUUUAUCAUGGGUUCCCUUAAUUGAGGGUUUAGUGAGGGGGGGGGAGGGGUUAUGGGUCAUUUAGGGACUACUUCAGGACUACUUGGGGCGUCUCCUCUUUGGAGGGGGGACUGCGUCAGGAAUUGGAGUUUGAAAAGCCCUGAGAUGAAAAAAAAAAAGCCAGCAGCCAUCUUACAGCCACAACAUGUGGUAACAUCAGCAAAAUACGCGGACAAGUAGGAAGCCAUCUGACAACACUCCCUUCAUCGCAGUGGAGUCCAUGAGUUAGCAGGUUCUUGUGACAGACUAACCCCACCAUCCAGCCUCACUCACAAUCUUUGAGACAAUAUGGGAGCUUUGUGAUUUGGAUGGAGGAACUUGAACAUAAUUACGAUCUGUACAUAUUGCCUGAGUUUUGACACAGGCAGAGAACCAUGUUUGUUGCAGGACACAUACUUGCACUCGCAGAGUGGCGGUCAGUGUUUGGUCACUGACAGAGAAACUGUACCUUUGGCCAUACGUCAUCUGGCUGACAGUUCAACCUAUGCGGGAGGUAGAGGUGCAUGCUUAUCGCUUGGUGGAAAUUCCAGCAACAACAAUGAAAAUUAGAAUGGGACACCUAUGCCAUAACUUAAUGUACUUAACAACUUUUCUUUAAAAAAGCCAACAGAAAUUUGCUCUCCAUCCGUGCGUGUUUUGAGUGUCUGUAUAUUUAUGAGUAAAAUCUGGGCUCAGUUUAAAAAAUAAAACAGGGCAAAGACAUUGGUUCAUCUUUUUUAACCAUUUGUUAAUGUUGUUUGCAUGUUAUAUUUUGUCUUUUUUAAAAAGAAGUAUACAGAUAAAAAUGAUUAAGAAGCACACUUAAUUCGCAAUAAUGUUUCUGUGUCCUCGGGAGAAGUUGUUUCUGUGUCUGUGUGUGUGCGUGCGUGUGGGCGUAUGGAUGUGUGUGUGUGUGUACAGUGCUCUUAAACCUUAUGGGGAGAUGUGAAAUGGUCGCCCAUCCAACACUGGUUGGCAGAGGCUAAAGAAGUAAAGAGGAUGUUGGUGUCAGAGGCGGGAUCAAGGGCAGGAAUUGUAGAAAUCUUUUUCAUUGAGAUUGAGAAUUUUUUCUUUUGAAAUGUGCUGAUUAAAAUGACAUGUUCCAAGGAUAUAUCUGGAGCACGCUUUAAGCAAUUUUGUUCCUUAGCUGUAUGGGAUUUUUAAAUUUUUGUUUUUUGGAGGACUUGAAAUUACAGCGAGCUUUAAGAAUGGAAGUCCUGG